GACUUUGAUCCUCAAUGCUGUUGUUGUUACCUAUGUUUAAUGAAUCUUUUCUUCUUAUUUUGAUACCAAGCUGCAUGUAAUCUGUCUCCCACACCGUCUUUCUUUCUUUCUUCCUUUCUUUCUUUCCUUCUCUCUCCAUACCAAUAAGCAAAGCUUUGCCAUGUCGACUUCCCCGGAGCAGAAGGCAUCAGUCUCAUCUACAAACGAUGCGACUGCACCGCAAAAUAAUCCCACCACCACUACAUCAGGAGAGGUCAAAGAGAAGGGCGCAGAGAAAACAAUAUCAUGUGUAUCGUGCAGGCGUAGGAAAUUGAAAUGCGAUCGAGUAAAACCCAAAUGCGGGACAUGUGGCAGACUAAGACACGAGUGCGAAUAUCCCGAGAGGAGGAGAAAUAUAGGCACAAAGAGGAGAAAUAUGAAAGAAUUGGAAGCCAGAUUGGCACAAGUGGAAACCCAGCUCGUGGCAGAGGCGCAACAACUCGCUGCGAAUAAUGCGAAGAAUGCGAACAAUGCGACUGAGAUGAACGUAAAUACAAACGCGGAUUUGACUGGGAAUAUAGAUACAAAUGCAAAUGCCGAUCCGCACUGGACUGCUAUGAACAUGGAUAUGGAUAUGAAUUUUACAGAUGAGGGAAUACAAAAUAUAGGAUAUAAUAUCUUGAGUGGAAAUGUCGGCGCUGAACCUUCAGUACCAAUUGGAGACUACUUUUCUCAAGAUGUCAUAAGUUUAGGACUACAAGAACCUCUGCCUCCUGAUAAUCUGAUGGAUGAAUUGUUCCGAAUAUAUUUCGAGAGAUUUCAUCCAACUUUACCCAUGAUACACAAGGGCCGGUUCUACGCCGCUCUAAAUAUGCCCACAAACCAUAGACCGCCAGUUACUUUGCGAUAUGCUAUGAUGACGAUAGCAGCAUCACUUUCGGACAACUACCAGAGUUAUGCUGAAAUCUUCUACGAGAGAGCUAGAAGAUACGCUGAGAUUACGGAGAUGAAGGGACAAGGAGAGGGUUUAAUGUGUAUACCUGCUGUUCAAGCUUGGUCACUCAUUAGUAAUUAUGAGGCCACAAAUGCCUAUUUUGGUCGAGCAUGGAUGAGUACGGGAAGAUGUUCACGAUUAUGCCAUAUGCUUUCACUGCAAAGGCUUGAUGCAGAGGGACCUUUUGGAGGAAAAAAGUUACUACCUCCAUCGAAGGAUUGGAUCGAACAGGAGGAGCGACGAAGAACAUUCUGGGCAGCCUACUAUGGUGACAGAUGGUCUAGCUGUGCUACGGGAUGGCCAAUGAUGUUUGAUGAGGACAAGAUUGAUACCAAUCUACCAUGUAACAAUGAUGCAUGGGACUUGGGUGUAAAGGAAAGCACAUGCUCGUUGGCUGCGGCAUUAACUCCUGAAGGUGCUUCCACGAUAUCAUCUUUUGCCGGAGUUAUCCUGUCAGCGUGUCUGUUCGGGCGCAAUGCACAGCACACGCUUAAGAGUGGUCGAGAGGAUGGUGCCAACGAUCUCGCCAAUGGUGCAUUCUGGAAGAACCACAGGAAAAUGGACAAUACAUUGUCUAGUACAUUCAUGUUUUUACCUGAUCACCUCAGAUUGCCUGCUGGACUGAGGGAUCCAAACAUUGUCUUUUUCCAUAUGAACAUACAUUGUGCAACAAUCUGUUUACAUCAAGGGGCAGUCUUGACUGCUGAGCGGGAAAAUAUCAGUCAAUCAUUUAUAAGCCAAAGCGAAGCGAGAAGCUUGAUGGCAGCCGAGGAAAUAACGAAUUUGAUGCGCAUGAUUAGUCAUUUAGAUGCAUGCAAGAUGAGUUCAUGGAUAGGCUUUUGUCUUUAUGUUGCUUCUGGUGUUAUCCUCCAAGAUACAAGGAGAGAUAGACCCAACCCACAAAGUUCGAGUAAUUUAGAGUUUAUGAUAUCAGCUAUGAAGGCUGUUGGGAAAAAGCACCUCAUCGCGAGACACUUUAAUGCUCAACUUGAACUCGAGAUGAAGACACAGAGAGUCGAUCGCAACGAUAUAGCAAACAGUCUUUAUGAUUUGCAUAACUCUCCAGAAGUAGACGACCCGGAUGUUUGCGUCUUCCCUCAUACCUACCGAAGAAGAGGUCCAAAGGAUCAAUCUUCUCGUAGCUCAAUUGAUACAGGUCAAACAAGAAGCAUGUCCGCCAAUACACCCCCUGAAGCCACACAACAAACACCGUACGAGGCCAUCUCUAAAAUAGCACCUGCUUGGCCCUCUACGACAAACUUCCCUCCACAACUGAAUCAGCAAGGAGAUUCAGGAAGUGAAACAAUUGAUACUGACUUCAGUUGGCCUCCAACUGGAAAUACACCUUCUUCAGAAUCUACGACUUCUAAUACAACAUAUCCGUAUCGCAAUUCAAAAUCUACAGACUCGAAUUCGAAUUGGACUUUUGAUCCAGAGGCAACGCGAUAUAUGGUAGAUCCACUGUCUUUGAAUGGCUCGAAUAGAGAUAUGGGGAAUGAAUUGCAGGAUAAUGUGUUAUUGAAUGAUUUGCUUAAUGGUGCACCUUGGGAUAAUAAUUAUCAACAAGUUGGUCUGGAUUCACGGCAUCCUAGUGGAUAGGGGGAGGGUGCCUUUUUUUUGGUGGAAUGGGAAAGAAACUUGUACAAUAUUAUAUACACAUAUAUGGAUACCUAACAAUCUCGGAAUAUUAGACAAGAUUUCUACUCCUUCAACCUGGUCUCCUAGAUUUUUUCACGGAAUUAGUCGAACUUGGUUGUCUUGCUCGCUUUUGAUAUUUUUGUGUGUAUGGUGUUUGCUCAUAAUGGUAAUUCAAUUUUUGGCGUGAUACCUAAGUAUCGAUUCUCAUCUAACCACCCCUUCUCAAGACAGACAGACCGAUCUCUACGGCUGGGAAAUCGGCCAACGAUUCUAUCUCACCCUUGGAAGCCAUCAUAUCGAGGCACUCAACUCGAGGAUCCUGUUCUUAUUCCAAAACCCAAAGCAUUGGAAGCGGUAGCGCCCGUAUAAAUUGACGAGAAUCUGCAUUGUGGAUCUCCUCGCUUGGACGAAUUCUACGAUUGAUAUUGUUGAGGAGAUCGAUUCAUUAGGUGUGAAUCAAGGGGUUUGGAUUGAGUAGGUGGUUGGAUGUUGGAAGUUGGAUAUUGGAAGUUGGAUGUUGGAUGUUGGAGGUUGGAAGUUGGAUGUUGGAAGUUGGAGGUUGGAAGUUAUAUGUUGGGUAGAUAUGUUGAGUAGAUAUGUAUGUUUUAUGGGGUGGUUAUGAUUGUGGGGAGUGAAGUUGUGUAGUGUGGAUUGUGGGUUGUGGAUUGUGGAUUGUGGAUUGUGGAUUGUGGAUUGUGGAUUGUGGAUUGUGGAUUGUGGAUUGUGGAUUGUGGAUUGUGGAUUAUGGAUUGUGGAUUGUGGAUUGUGGAUUGUGGAUUGUGGAUUGUGGAUUG